GGAUGGGGGAAUAUUAGUUUGAUUGAUUAUAGUUUUUUGUUUACUACUUAUGCACUUAUAUACUUAUCUACUUAUUUUUGAGUUGGAUAUAUCAUAUUCGAGGUAAAUCGUACUUAUAUCUACAUCUACAAUCCAACUUCCUCCCGGUUUCGGUUUCGUUUCUUUGAGAUAAAGAUUGAGUUGUGUAUUGUAUUUAUCGCGAGAUACAAACCUCACUAUCAAAAUGUCUACAACGGAUAAACCAUGCAAUGAAUGCAUCAAGGGAACCAUCCACGCCGGCCUCCCUACCGGGGACUACCAAAUCAUGCACGGUCUACGUACCUACAUCGUCGGCAACCCAUCCACCACCCGCGCAACAAUCAUACUCUACACCGAUAUAUUCGGACACCUCCUCCCCAACAAUCUUCUUCUCGCCGACGCCUUUGCCGCCUCUGGAGAACAUCUCGUGUACGUGCCUGAUUUUUUCGAAGGGGAUCCCGUUGCGCUUAAAGUAGCCGAUCUGUUGAUUCCCGUGGAUGCGAGUAAACAGGGGACUUUGGGGAAAUAUACGGGGAUCUUAGCUAGUGCGCUAAGUUUUCUGAUGUGGAUGGGAAGACAUAAGGAAGCGAGGUGUAGCGCGGUUUGUAAUGGAUUCUUGGAGAAGUUGAGGGUGGAGACGAAGGGGGAGAGGAAGAUUGGGAUGGUGGGGUAUUGUUGGGGAGGUCGAUAUGCUAUUCGUGCUGGGUUGGAAUCGAAUAUGGUUUUGAUUGAUGGGGUUAAGAAAUCAUUGGUUGAUGCGGUAGUUGCGUUGCAUCCGAGUAACUUGGUAUUUCCCAGAGAUGUGGAGGGAUUGGUUGUACCGAUCAGUUAUGGAUGGGGAGAAAACGAUGUAGCGGUUUCGAUUAAGUCGAAAGGGAUUAUUGAGGAGAGUCAUCAGAAGGAGAGGGAGAAGGGGAGGAAAGUACCGGAAAUGGAACAUAGGGCUUAUAAACCUGGAAGACAUGGGUUUGCGGUUAGAGGAAAUCCAGACGAUCCACUGGAAAGAGCUUGUCUGGAGGAUUCAAUGAAGCAAGGUUUGGAGUGGAUGGGGAAGUGGCUUUGAUUUGAAUUGAGAAAUGUUUAGGGUUUUGGGAAUUGUUUCUUGGAGGAUCGCCAGUUAAUUUGCUAUGUGAUUGCCUUUCUGCAACUUGUUUGCUCUUAUAAUUGUGAUCAGUAGUCAUAUGCAAUAACAAUCGGGUUCAUAAAUACAAAAUCUUCGCUUUCUCAUGAGCACAAUUGGAGUGAGCAGGUAGAUGAACAGGCAGUCGGAUCCAUGUAUGCUCGAUUAUAAACAAUGGACUCAUCGAUGAAUAUGCGCUGAAAGUAUAAGAGUACAGCAAAGUGUUUCCUAGAAAACAUCUCAGAUGAUAAUCGU